AUGUCGUGUCCGGUGAGCCAUAAGACUGUGGUGAUAUUGGAUGAGAGCAACUACUUCUUGGAGACCAGUUGUGACCAGACCUUUGAGUUCGAUGUGAUCAAUAAGUCUCGACAGCCGUCGGGAAUCAUCCCAUUGUCUCCGAUCACCAAAUCUUUGUGGACCUGUUCUGUGGAGGCGAUCGCCGAGUAUUGUCGCAUCGUUUGGGACAUCUAUCCCAACGGCGAACGACUCAUUCAGUUCGUGGUCUGCGGAACCGAUUCGGCCAACAAUUGCAACGAUUGGAACCGCGAGGACCAGACCCUCCAGAAGUGCAUGGAGUGGUUGGCCACCAACGGGUCCACCGCCCACUUGAANUCACAAAGCGAUUGA